UGGUUGGCUGCUUGCUCGAUCCAGCUGAUGGCAGGGGCGUGAGCAGUGUUGAUAUCUGACUGGUUUUUAAUUGUUAUUUAUUUAUUUAUUUGGAAUAUUAGUGGUAAAAGACAUUUGGGAGAAAAAAAGUGCAUUUGGGAGAACGGAAUGACAUGUCUUAAUGUAUUUCAUACCCGUGUCUGAUCCAUGCGUCAGUCAGCUGAAGCAUCCUGGAAGAAUGCAGCCAGUAAGUAGAAGAGAUGCUGGAGUUUGGCAUCAGACGAGAAGCCUGCUCUACAAAAACCUGCUUAUCAAAUGGAGGACCAAACAACAAAGUCUUCAGGAACUGAUCCUGCCCCUGCUUCUCUUGGGUCUUCUCAUCCUCAUCAGCACCCUCAACCCUCACGUCUCAUACGGCAGCAUCAGCACCAAGGAGCUGGAGUAUGAACAUGACCUGUCACUCAAAGGUCUCGGUUACACUCCCAUCAACAAUAUCACCACUCACAUCAUGGAGGAGGUGAUACGGGAACUGCGCUUGAACGAGCCUCAUUUGGAAACAUUUUCUACCGUGGAAGAUUUGGAGAAUGCCAGUCGCUAUGAACCUGAUGGCUAUGUGGGAGUGGUCUUUUUGGAUUCCAUGUCGUACCGACUUCGAUUUCCCUACAACCAACUUCCUCUUCCUAGCGAUUUCACGGAGUCCAUAACAAGCUGUUAUACAAACUAUGUAAACUGCCGUGCUGGCAACUAUUGGUACUCUGGAUUCAUACGUCUGCAGUCCCUCAUUGAUGCUGCCAUCAUACAGAUGCAAACUAAGCGUCCGGUUUGGAACGAAUUGAAAGUGCGAGCUGUGAUGAUGGGACAUCCGGGUUCUGUAGAGGUCCAGAAGUUCCCUCAUGCCCUCAUCUCCAUCUACCUGGUGCUGGCGUUUACACCCUUCGUCUCCUUCCUCAUUGUAAAUGUGGCCGCUGAAAAAGAGCAGCGACUUAAAGACACUAUGGGCAUGAUGGGAUUGUAUGACUCUGCGUUCUGGCUUUCAUGGGGUCUCCUCUAUGCCGCGCUGGUGAUGACAAUGUCUAUUCUCAUGGCUGUUAUAGGAACCUGCACCCCGCUCUUCUCCAACAGCAACUUCUUUGUCAUUUUUCUCCUCAUCUUUCUCUAUGGAAUAUCCUCUAUAUUCUUCUCAUUCAUGUUGACGCCCCUGUUUAAGAAGCCCAAGUUUGCUAGUACGGUGGGCUCCAUGCUGACGGUGGUGUUCGGCUGUCUGUCUCUCUUCACCGUUCUGAUAAGAGACUUCCCCCAAUCUGCAGUCUGGCUCCUCUGCCUUCUGUCUCCCAGUGCAUUCUCCAUCGGAAUCGCUCAGGUGGUGUAUUUGGAAGCUCAGGGUGAUGGGGCAGUGUUCUCCUCUCUGCGCAGUGGUCCUCAUCCACUUUAUGUUCCUAUGGUCAUGCUGUUUCUAGACUCCAUUCUCUACCUGCUGUUAGCCAUUUACCUGGACCAGGUGCUACCAGGUGAGUUUGGUACAAGGCGCUCCAUGUUGUACUUCCUGCAGCCGUCCUAUUGGUCAAAGCGGAGUAAGCGCUAUGUGGCGGUGAGCUCCGUCUAUGAAGGGGAGGUGAAUGGAACCCCUGUGACUAACGAGUCAGUGGAGACGGUUUCCUCAGAGUUUAGAGGCAAAGAAGCCAUCAGAAUCUGCAAUAUCCGUAAAAUCUACAAAGAUAAAGACAGCACGGUGGAGGCUCUGAGAGGUUUGACCUUUGACAUCUAUGAGGGUCAGAUCACAGCCCUGCUAGGUCACAGCGGAGCAGGAAAAUCCACCCUCAUGAACAUUCUUUGUGGAAUCUGCCCACCAACAGAAGGCACGGCCACCAUCUAUGGCUCCCCUGUGGCGGAGAUCGCGGAGGGAGCCGAGAUGAAACAGCUGGUUGGUAUAUGCCCCCAGUUCAACAUCAUCUUUGAUGUGCUCACCGUAGUGGAACACCUGAGGAUAUUUGCUGCCAUCAAAGGCAUCCUGCCCUCUGAUAUCGACGGUGAGGUAAUGCAGGUUCUAAAGGAUCUAGAUUUGGAAAAGAUUAUGGACGCCCAGGCGAAGAACCUCAGUGGAGGCCAGAAAAGGAAGCUGUCAGUGGGCAUCGCAAUUCUUGGAGACCCAAAGAUACUUCUUCUGGAUGAGCCUACAGCUGGUAUGGACCCAGUGUCACGUCACCAGGUUUGGUCCUUACUGAAGAGCCGUAGAGAAGGCAGGGUUACUGUUCUCAGCACGCAUUACAUGGACGAGGCUGAUAUACUCGCAGAUCGUAAAGCCAUCAUUUCUCAAGGGCAGUUGAAAUGUGUUGGCUCCUCUUUGUACCUGAAGACCAAGUGUGGGGUUGGCUAUCAUCUUAGGAUGUCGGUUACUGAGGGCUGUGGGGUGGAGAACAUCACAUCACUGGUCAAGCGGCAUGUUCCCAAGGCUCAGUUGUCACGGCAGCAGGAGGCUGAGCUCACGUUCACGUUGCCUUUCGAGAGCAUGGAAACUUUCCCAGGGCUUUUUGCUGAGCUGGACUGUCGCCCCGACCUGGGUGUGAUUAACUAUGGCGUCUCCAUGACAACAUUAGAGGAUGUAUUUUUGCGUCUGGAAGCAGAAGCAGAGGUGGAUCAGGCUGACUACAGUGUGUUUAACCAGGAGAAUGUGGAUGAAGAGGGAGAUGCCUCCACUCUGGAUGAUACAGAUCAAAGGCUGCUCACCUUCUCUGACAGCAGGCAGGACGCAGUAACCGGCCGUGCCCUCUGGAGGCAGCAGUUCAGCACAGUGGCUUGGCUUCACAUGCUCAGCCUGCACAGAGAGAGGAAACCCAUCGUAUACAAUGUUACACUAUUCCUGGCCUUCUUGUCUGCAAUGCUGAUUCUGUCUGUGGCCACCGGAAACAUUCAGAUUCACUCUCCCGAAAGACUGUUUUCACCCAUAUACCUACUGCACCGCAAUGAGGCUCCCCGCAAAUACGCCACCAGCCUGCUCGUGCAGAACUCCACCGAUUCUGACAUUUCAGGGUUCAUCCGUAAUGUGGAGUCCCAGGACAUUAAAGUCGAAAUGAUGAGUAAACCAGAUUACAUGUCUUCUGCACCUGUGAGUGCUGCCAUCAAUGUGACGGGAUCCAGUAAGGAUUUUACAUACAUUUUAGCAUUCAACAGCACCACAGUGCACUCUCUGCCCAUGGCUGUCAAUGUUCUCAGUAACGCCCUCCUGAAGGCCUUUAACGGCACUGGACACAUCAGAACAUGGAGCAAACCUUUUGACUAUCAAAUCCCAGACAAGACUUCCUACGCUCUGGUUUACAUUGAGGCAGGCAUUCUGGGAAUGCUGGCUGCUGGAAUGCCUGCCUACUUUGCCAUGGACCACACAAGAGACAGAGAGUUGAAGUGUCGCUCCACCCUGAGGAUCUCUGGUCUCCUUCCGUCCGCGUACUGGUGCGGGCAGGCAGCCAUUGACGUUCCCUUCUAUUAUCUCAUCUUAACCUGUAUGACCUCCACUCUGUUUGCCUUCCAUUCCACAAACCUGCUGACCUCCCAUAACGUCAUGUCCGUGGCUCUGUGUCUGAUCGGCUUCUCUCCAGCCAUGGUUCUCUUCACGUACUGCGUGUCCUUCAUGUUUGUCAGAGUCCAGAGCAACAGGGACUUCUUCUCAGUGGUCUCCAUGAUGUUGUGUGUAGUUUCUGCAUCCGUAGUCCAGUUGGCUCUUGUGAACGAAAGCACAGGCUUGGCUCGUGUUCUGCACAACGCGUUGUGUUUCCUCAGUCCGCUUCACCCUCUUAUGGGCUGCCUUAACUGCAUUACCACGGCCACCUUUCUUCCGUCUACGCAUGAGGUGGAUUUCUUGUGGAAGAACCUCUUCAUCUCUGUUAUCUCUCCGUACAUUCAGUGUAUCCUGCUGCUCUUCAUUCUAAGAUGGUUGGAGAUCAAAUACGGAGGGAAGAUCAUGAUGAACGACCAACUCUGCAGGAUUUCCUCCAAAUCCAAAGAUAAAUUUCAGAGGAACCCAGAGGAAAACUUAAGCGAGGAUGAGGACGUGCAGAUGGAGAAAGCCAGAGUGAAGGAGGCGUUGACCUGUCAGUGCUGCGAGGAAAAACCAGUGGUGGUGGUGAGUAACCUGAGGAAACGAUACAAAUGCAGGAGAGAAGGUUUCUCGCUCAGCAAGAGAAGAAAUGUGGCCACGAAGAACGUCUCCUUUUGUGUCCGCAAAGGUGAGGUAUUGGGUCUGCUGGGUCCCAACGGAGCAGGCAAAAGCACAAUCAUACACAUGCUUUCUGGAGACACAGAACCCACUGCUGGACAGAUUCUGAUGGGGGAUUACGGCACAGAGUUUAAGCCAUCAGAAAACCCCCUGGAGCAUGUGGGGUACUGUCCUCAAGUAAACCCCCUGUGGCCAAGAAUCACCCUUCAGGAGCACCUGGAGGUCUACGCUGCCAUGAAGGGCCUACAUCAGCGUGACAUCCCGAACAUCAUUAAGCGUGUGGUGAACGCUCUGGAGCUGAAGGAUCAUCUUUAUAAACAGGCCAAAAACCUGUCUGCUGGGAUAAAGAGGAAAUUGUGCUUUGCACUAAGCAUGCUGGGAAAUCCUCAGAUAGUUCUGUUGGAUGAGCCAUCCACUGGGAUGGACCCCAAAUCAAAGCAGCGCAUGUGGAGGGCGAUCCGUGCUGCCUUUAAAAACAAACAACGAGGAGCACUUUUGACCACCCACUACAUGGAGGAGGCAGAGGCUGUGUGUGACCGUGUGGCUAUCAUGGUUUCCGGUCAGCUACGGUGUAUUGGUUCCAUUCAGCACCUGAAGGCAAAGUUUGGGAGAGGAUACAGCCUUGAAAUUAAUCUCAGGGAGGAGCUUACGGGUCUCCAUCAAGUAGGGCUGUUGCAUGAAGAGAUAAUGAAGAUAUUUCCACACGCUGUCCGACAAGACAGUUUUGCAACUUUGAUGGUGUAUAAGAUUCCAACGGAAGAUGUGACGUCACUAGCCAAGUCUUUUGCCCAGCUAGAGAGUGCUAAACAAACCUAUAACUUUGAAGAGUACAACUUCUCCCAGUCAACUCUGGAACAAGUUUUCAUGGAGUUCGCUAAAGAGCAAGAGAAUGAGGAUGAGGAGGUCGGCUCUCUUAGCACUACCUUUCAAUGGCAAAGAUUGAGACUGGACGGUUCCGUGUCCAUCAACCACACAGACAGCAUAGUACACCAGCUAUGAGCCAGUUCCUGAAACUCUGCUCUCUUCUGUCUCUCUCUCUGUCUGUAUGUGACAUCUUUUGCCUUAAGAGACUCACGCUGGUGAGACUCGCUGCAAACUGGACCUUGGUGACUCCAAUGGCCACUAUUACACAUACAGAACAUAGUUUGGGCCAUGAUACCUGUGUUGGGUACUGCCACGUUCUCGGAUGGAGUCUUAUACAUGGCUCGCGUGUCCGCUGUUAGGACAAAGUGACUUUUAUGAAGGGAUUUCAUAUUUUAUUUCUCUCUCUGCAGGUGAGAGCAUUUUAAUGCAUACCGUCUAUUCACAAGCCUCACAAGAGGUUCACCCGACAUAAACUCACCGUCCUCCACAUACACAACUGGAAAAUGUAAUUGCAUGGAGCAGGUUCCACAUUAUCGAAACGGUACCAAAGUCUCACAUCAACGCCUAAAUGAUGCUUUUGGUGUCUGUAGCAUGGGUAUAAACUUGAGUCUGUGUUCCAGCUAUAUAAUGGAUAAAUGUUAAUAUAUACAUAACAUACUGAUUUCUAUCUGAUGUGUAAGAAACAAGAUGAAGAAACUCAUGACACCUGUUCAGCUUUUUAAUGCCAGUGCACAACAGAUUUACCAGCAUGCAGGGGUGGCUCUUGUUCUUUAUUAUCCUAUUUUGGGCAAAGCGGCCCUGCAGGUGCAUGAAAGCCUUUUCGUCUUUGCUGCACCCAGGAGAUCUCAAUGACUCCUUUCUCGACCACCAGCACACGAUUCAGGCUUUUACACAGAGCUCUCCAAAGAAACACAGGGCUAAGAGCUCACAGCGAUUCUUUCAGUGGGUAUAAAAUCAUGAUGGUAGCAUGACACUGGUGAAGAGCUUCUCUCCGUUACUAACUGUUUAUUUUUGUCUCGUUGUCAGGUGGCCUUCCUUUAGAUGCUGUUUAAUGUUGUCAAUUAGUAACUGAGGAAUGUAGUUUCCACAUUCUGCACUGACCCAUGUAGCACUCCAGUUAGUCACGUAUUGCUGAAUGAAGUUUUUGUUUUUAAAAGAGAAACAAUAAAAGCAGAUACUGUAAA